AGGGGAUCGACAUGGGUAAGAAAGAUUGUCUUGCGCAUGCGUGAUGCAGGACUAGUGGAACAGCGGCUCCGUUAGCAUCCAAAGCUAGCGGACUGGUUUGAUUGGGGAGCACGGUGUGGAGGAAGGACUCCUGCGAUAUCGGCGACUUCAGACAUCCCCAGCUAAUCCUCGAGCCAGUCAUCAUCCCUCCAUGCUGUCCAAGAAAGGAAGAUAGCGUUAAUAACCCUGCACUGCCAGCUCAAUUAGCCACUGUCCAAGACAGAUAAGGGACGCUACGUUUUGCGUGAAGAGCCUUCCUUUCAAGUAGAAUCAGUUUUCUGACUGAAGUAUUAAGAAAUACAGCUGCAGCCACGACUAAUAUUACCUCUAUAAAAAAUGAGGUUGCCGAGUAACAGACAAUGUGCGAUGGAAGGAGAUGGAAAGAAAAUGGAUCAAGCUCCACCGGUCAGAAACCCUUUUGUGCACGUCUUGAAAUUCACCCCACUGGAAAAAGCAAAGAUUGCAUUAAUGACAGUCACGCUAUUCCCCAUCCGUCUACUCAUAGCUGCAUUCAUGAUGUUGCUGGCCUGGCCUUUUGCCUUCAUUGCCUCAGUGGGGCGUUCCGAGACCACCGUUGAACCCCAGUGCCUCUGGAGAAGACUGGUGGACAUCAUUCUGAGAAUAAUCAUGCGAGUCAUGUGGUUUGCGGGAGGGUUCCAUUGGAUGACUGUGAAAGGGCGAAGGGCAUUGCCUACAGAAGCACCUAUCCUUACCCUGGCACCCCACUCUUCUUACUUUGAUGCCAUCCCAGUCACCAUGACAAUGUCCUCAAUUGUCAUGAAGGCUGAGAGCAAGGAUAUACCUCUCUGGGGAACUUUGAUUAAGUACAUCAGGCCGGUGUUCGUUUCCCGGUCAGACCAGGACUCCAGAAAGAAGACUGUGGAGGAGAUCAAACGCAGAGCCCGCUCUGGUGGAGAAUGGCCUCAGAUCAUGAUUUUUCCAGAGGGAACAUGCACCAAUAGAUCCUGCCUAAUCACCUUUAAGCCAGGGGCCUUCAUCCCAGCUGUACCAGUGCAGCCUGUGGUCAUUCGUUACCCUAAUAAACUGGACACAAUCACAUGGACAUGGCAAGGCCCAGGAGCAUUCCAAAUUUUAUGGCUGACACUUUGCCAGUUACACAAUGAGUUUGUGAUAGAGUUUCUUCCCAUCUAUACACCCUCAGAGGAGGAGAAGAAGAAUCCUGCACUCUUCGCCAUCAAUGUGAGACGUAUCAUGGCUAAAGCCCUGGGGGUACCCAUCACAGAUUAUUCAUUUGAAGACUGCCAGCUGGCCAUGGCAGAAGGCCAGCUGAGGCUGCCAGUCGACACCUGUCUGCUGGAGUUUGCCAAGCUUGUCAGGAGACUGGGAUUGAAACCACAGAACUCUGAGAAGGUUUUGCAGGAGUAUGGGAACAGAGCCAGGAAGCUGGAGGGGCAGAAGCUGGGACUGGAAGACUUUGCACACUUCCUCGAUGUGCCAGUUUCAGAUAUGCUGCGAGACAUGUUUGGUCUUUUUGACGAGCAUGAAGAUAACAGAAUGGAUAUUAGAGAAUAUGUGAUAGCCUUAUCUGUUGUAUGCAGGCCUGCCAAAACUCUGGAAACAAUGAAAUUGGCCUUUAAGAUGUUUGAGGCAGAGGAGGAUGGUGCCAUCACAGAAAGCGAGUUAGCAGUUAUACUUAAGACAGCUUUAGGAGUGAGUCACAUCAGUGUGUCACAUCUGUUUACCGCCAUCGACGUGGACGACACAGGGAAGAUCACAUUUGACAAGUUCAGAAAUUUUGUGGAGCACCACCCAGACUUUGCUGAGGACUACCUGUACACAGAAAACACAGACCUCCACAGUGCUCCCUACAAUGAUCACCAAACCCAGCCCAGCCUGUCGACACUGAAAGUGAAAGGAGCCGCCACCAGCAAAACGGCUAAUGGUAUCUGUCCCGAAUUCAGCGACCACGAUGGUGCAAUAGAUGGACUCAAGAAACACAACUAAAAGAGUUUAGAGAAAUUGGAUGGGGAAAGCAAACCCCUCUCCUGGUGAGAGGGGUGUUGUGUAAGGGGAGCUGUAAAUUGCUGAAUAAGAAGGGACUAUCUUUCAUUAAUCGCAAAUACAGAAAUCAAGUUUACCAUACCCUUUUAUUACUAUUGUAUCCGUGAAAUAUGAGAUUUUCAGCCUCUAAAAAGUUUAUUUUGUUACUUUUUUUUCCCUCUUCCAUAGUAAGAUUUGUCAGAAUGCCAAACAAUGGCUGUUUCAGUUACAAUACUUGAAUACUUGAAGCGCAGGCACAUAUUAGGAUUUCUAGGGCAAAUUCUUUUCCCUCUGAGUAUGGACUGUCCUUUUGUUUGAGUUUUUUGUUUAACAUAUAAAUGAGGGGAAACUGAACAAAAUGAGCCCCAGUCAUCUGUAUUUGGUUAUCAUUGAUUUGUAACUUUUAUCCAUUUCCUCUCUUUAUGAUAGCUGCCUUUGAAGUAGAAAGUGCAGAAAGGAUGGGCUCAAGUUAAUUUAAGCAGGACUGAGGAUUAAGUGUUGAAAAAGGAAGGCCUGAUGGUACCAGUGACAACUGUUGGACUACUUGGAGUAUUUAGCUUCAAUAGCCACAUUUGAGGUUAACUCGGGUCUCUGCAAGUUUGUGGUCGUACUUUCUAUGAGCCGUGUGUGUGUGUGUGUGUGUGUGUGUGUGUGUGUGUGUAUUUGUACAUAAAUACAAUAUUUGAUUUCGCUCAGGGUUCAGAGACAAAAUUGAAAAACUUGUAUGAUGUCACAAUUUUUGGCGCUCAAUGGAUCAUAUGCAUGUACAUUCCACAGUUUGGUCAUUUCUCACCCACAUACAUUUUUUUUUAAAAAUGUUUUAAAAGAAAUUGCACUUGGACCAAAAAUGCAUUUGAUGAUUUCACGUCACCUUCUAGGUUUGUACUGUCCUUUUGAGCUAGUUGUGUAAUGUUGAAACGAGUGGAAGAACAUCACUGUACGUGACCGCUGAAAGCACAUUCAGUUAAGUAGCUUGGUUGGAUAUUUUAAAGGCAAAAGUGUAUUUUCUGCAUUACACUGUUAUCCUUGUAGGACCAUAUUAUUGUCAAUUAAUCUUCCCUAAUAACUUCCAGGAUGGAGUUUGCUCCUUAGUCAUCUGUAACAUUGUGCUUCAUACACCCCAAGGCAUGUUUUAGAUUCAAACACCUUUGCAUUUAAUGAUAUUUGAGGGACCAGUCUGUUGUUUGAAAUGUCCGCCUGUAAUUUUACUUUUUGGUACCCCCUC